AUGCCCGCCCGAGCCCAGGCCCCGCCGACGCCGACGCCGACGCCUCUUCCGGGGCCGGAUCGCCCAGCGCCUCCCCGGCCGCAAAGGCGGAAGAGGCGGAGGAAGGAGACGGAGGUGUCUGAAUCCCUCCCGCAGCCCCCUCGGAAGAGCUCCGGCGGAGCCAUCGUGGUGGAAGAGCGCCACCUGGCGGCCUUUUGCAUUCGCCGCUUUAGUCAAUUUCUCCAGCCCUUCCAUUCCACCCUUUUACAUGCUGCCAAAUGGCUUCCAGUUGAAAGGAGGAAGGCUCUCCCGCUUUCCCCUAAGCCCCCCCAGAGGGAGAAGGAUCCUGUCCCCCUAAUUUUUGAGAGCUGCCCCGAGUCCCUCCCCACCCGGCAGCCUUUCCAAGGAUUCAUUUCUCAGGGUCUCCUGGUCUCCCCCCACCCCGGAGGGUUCCGACGCCUGGAGGGCAGCCCCGACCUCUCCGAUGCCCAGGGGAGGGUCGCGGCCAAGGCGAGCCUCCGCCUCUCGGGAGACCCCCAUCCUUGCAGGGGGCGGGGAGGGCAGCGCUGCCUCCCGGGGGUCCGUCCGUGUCCCCCCCCCACCGGCGGGGGCGUCGGCGCGAGGGAGGCGCGCAGUGACGAAGAGCCGGAGCCGCGCAGGAGGGCCGAGCGCGGGGCUGUCGGGGCGGCUGCGGCUUCUGGAGCCCCGGACGGCUGGACGGGCGCGGCGCAGCGGCAGGCAAAGCCCGGAGCGACCGAGAGCGAGCGCGGUUGGGCCCACUUCCUGGAGACCAUGAGGGUGAAGUGCAGCCCCGCCAUGUGUUGGACUCUCCUCUUCCUGCUGGCCAUUUUCAUGGAGGGCAUUGUCUGCAAAGGGGGCCGGGGUGGAGCUCGGGGGUCAGCCCGGGGGACUGCUCGGGGCACCUCCCGGCGGUCCAAGUCCGCCCCUCGGUACCGCUCCUCCGGGACAGCCCUGCGCGUGGCGGCCGCUGCUGCUGCAGGAGGAGCCGCGGCAGCAGCUGCAGCGGCUGGGAUGAGGAUGGGGGGCCCAGACAGCCCCCAGUACGGAGAGAUGCAGCCGAGCAACAACACUGCAGGGAGCACUCACCACCCCGGUCCCUGGCCCCUCCUCUACGUCUCCGCCUCCCUCUGGUGUGUGGCCCUGGUGCCUCGGGCCUUCUGACGCUCAGAGCCUCUGCCCAGCGGCCUCUUCCCCUAAGCCUCCCCACAAGCGAUCUGGGGGGGGGGCAAGUGUCCCUGCGACGACUUACUCAAUGGUGCCAAAAUCCAUUACAAGCCACUCCUAUCCCCGGCUGGUUUCCCCAGUUUUUAGUUAUUUAUUGAGACUGCCAUCCUAAGGUCAAUCCAAAGGGGGAGGGAAAUGGUUAACGAACGAACGGUCAGUGUCUGCUGGUGGACAGUCUGAGAUGCGGUGUAGCUGCCCACUCCACGUGGGCCAUUAUUUGUCUGCCAAAUUCUUUAUGCAGCUCUUUUGUAAUGAUUAAGACACAAAGACCUUCUGCCAACAAUUUAUUGCUACUUUUAUACGGUGAAUCUCUAGGGAAGAAUUCCUCCCUCUGGUGCCUUGUCCACCCAAGGAGCUUUUAACUUCGGAGUCAUUCCGCACUAGGUCCACCCAGGUGGGAGCUCGGAGGUCAGCGUGGAGAACGUGGUAGACAUGGAAGAGACAAGUCGGACUCAACCACGGACAGUUUUUGGCUACUCAUUUCUCUUGAGGCCAAAUUAUAGAUCACAAGGUAGUUGUGAGGUUCAAGUGAGGGGACAAUACCUCGUCUGCUAUCCUGAGUAACUAAGAAAAGCAAAAUAUUAUCGGCUCUUAUCAUGUUCAAGGCUACUAUGGGAAAAAAAUCAGUUAUAAUUCAACCCCGUUUCCUUGUCCGCCUUGAACUGAGAGAGUUCGGCCCGUAGCAGGCGGCUCUUCUUUUGGGCAAAAUGGGGGGAAGCCUUCUUGCUUUGUGUUCUGAACUGGCUGAAGGGGGCAGCUGCCAUGUUGGUGCGAACGGCUGAAUCACUCAGAGGCAGCCGUGUUCUCCAAGGAGGCAGAAGGCGGCGAGGGUCGAGGACAGAAAGGGCUGGGCGCUGAGCUGGACAGGCUGCCAUUAUGGUUAUGAAUGUGAUUUUAUUUCCUGUGGAAAAGCUUCUCAAAUGCCCUUGCAACAGCUGGGGGAUGCUGAAAAUGUCUCAUUCACCUCCUUUUGGCUGGGAGAUUUCUGCCCUCAAAGGCCGCUAAAAAUUCAUUUUGGGGAAAGAGCUAAUUGGGUCAGCCAUCUCCUUUCAAUCUGACCACCACGGUUUUGAAAAUCUGCCAGAGUUUUCAGAAAUUCAGUAGGGAGAUUCAGGCCCAAUAAACAGCUUUGCGCGGUUAAUACGACAUUUGCUGCCCUCAGUUAUUAUGACGGCUCUUGAAAAGAUUAUAAAAUGGAUUAGACAAAUUUGUAGAGCUAUUAGAUUUGAUGGCCAUGAAUUUUGCAUUACAUACAAGAGACGCAUCUUCAGUGCCAGCGAUGAGAGAGAAGACACAGGAGCUUUCCCUGGCUAUGAACUUUUCCCCCAUGCAGCUGAAUGGAUCCCGUGUCACACGCAAUGCUGCUCCAAAUGGACCUUUGCCCUGAUUUAUUAAUUUAUCCACUCCGAGACGUUUUAAGAAAAACAUUUUCAUACAUUCCUACCUAUGAUGUCUGGGUGCAAACAGAACUAGGAACGGUUCCUGAUAUUCCUUUACCUGCUGGUGAUCAGCUCAUUUAAUAAAAGUCAUUACAAUC